AUGGACAUCUCUGAGCUUUCUGAGGAGAAAAAAACCCCCGAUUUUCAGGCGGGUUUAAUUGUUCUCCAAGUGGUUUUUAGUGAAGAGGUGGCCCCGAGCCCCCCUGACACCCCUGUCCCUCUCGUUGCAGUCUCUCCCAAGAUAUUCCGGAUCUCCAGCGACAUCGUGGUGAACGAGGGCAGCAACGUCACCCUGGUGUGCCUGGCCACGGGGAAACCCGAGCCCUCCAUCUCCUGGAGACACAUCUCCCCCUCCGCCAAGCCCUUUGAGAGUGGGCAGUACCUGGACAUCUAUGGAAUUACCAGAGACCAGGCCGGGGAGUACGAGUGCAGCGCAGAAAACGACGUCUCAGUCCCAGACGUGAAAAAAGUAAAAGUCACAGUAAACUUUGUCCCCACAAUUCAGGAACUUAAAUCCAGCGGUGUGAUGCUUGGAGGGAACGGCCUGAUCCGGUGCGAAGGUGCAGGAGUGCCUGCCCCGGUCUUUGAGUGGUACAAAGGAGAGAGGAAACUGAUCAAUGGUCAACAAGGAAUCACUAUUAAAAAUUAUAGUACAAGAUCCCUUCUUACUGUUACCAAUGUGACAGAAGAGCACUUUGGCAACUAUACUUGUGUCGCUGCCAACAAGCUAGGGACGACCAAUGCCAGCCUGCCUCUCAACCCUCCCAGCACGGCGCAGUACGGCAUCACCGGGCACGCCGAGGUGCUGUUCUCCUGCUGGUCCCUGGUGUUGACGCUGUCCUCCCUCAGCAGCAUAUUCUACCUGAAGAACAUCCUUCUGCACUAAAUGUAAAGACCCAUAAAAGGCUUUUAAGGAUUCUCUGAAAGUGCUGAUGACUGGAUCCAAUCUGGUAGAGUUUGUUAAAAGCGGCGUGGGAUAUAAUCAGUGCUUACAUGGGGAUGAUCGCCUUCUGUAGAAUUGCUCAUUAUGUAAAUACUUUAAUUCGACUCCUUUUUUUUUUUUGAUUAGCUGCAUUACCUUGUGGAGCAGUACACAUUGUCCUUUUUUAAGACGUGAGAACUCUGAAAUUACUUUUAGAGGAUAUUAAUUGUGAUUUCAUGUUUGUAAUCGACAAGUUUUCAGAAGCAUUCAGUCAUGGUCUGCUGAGUCGCAGACUGUAGUUUACAAAAAAAGGAUAUUGCAGUAAAAAUGUGCUUCUUUAAGGCUGCAAUACAAACAUUCAGUUCCCUUCUCAACUAGCAUUCUAUCCAAACUCACACAGAAAACAUUUGUUCUUUUUUGAGUAAAAAAAAAAAAAAUCGAAUAAUAUUGCCUUCAAAAUAUUUCUUCAAAAUAUUACACAUAUCUAGAUUUUCUUCUAGCAUGAUAUUCAGGUUUCAAGAAUGAGCCUUGUACUAUAACUGCGUUGUGCAGUACUGCUUUUGUUCUCUUCCCUCUUUCCUGCCAAUUCAGCAUGGUUGUGCCUUCAUGAAACACGACUUUCCUCUUCCUCUCCAACCAGUCUGGAAUGUGUUCUGGGAAAUGCUGGAGCAUCCUUUGGAGCAUUAGCGAUGUCUCGGUGAGGAGAGAGGAGGCCCGGGCUCCCAGGAAAGGCUCCUCUCCUCCUGCAGGAGCUGCUCCAGGGGCAGGGCUCAGAUCCAGGCUAGCACCAACUCCUUGUUCCUCCCUCCACCACCACUGAGCAGUAGGUGACCUCUGUAAAAACGACACUUCCCACCAGAAAAACUGAGCUCAAAUGAUUUCGUGGCACCUUUUGAAUGUCAGAAUGUUCCCCUAAAGCCAAAUUCCCGCCUGGCCGCGAAUGUCAGGAGCGUCCCUUUUGUAUCGCUGGCAAAGCCGACGUGAAUUGGUAUUUUUCUUGCACUCAAUUUUGUACUGGUUUGGCUGAUUAAGCAAUGAUAAAGGAUGCUUUGAACCAUGAGACACCUGCAGAUCCCUGGAGUAUCAGUUUUCUGUCUCCACAUAUCCCCGUGGCAGCAGCGAGGGUGCUCCUGCUGAGGGCGCGUGGCCGUGCUUGGGAGAGCCCCCUGGGCAGGCAGGGCCUGGGGACCCGCUCCCCUGGCCAGGGCUGUCCCUGCCAGCCCCACACACCAGCCUGGAGGGGACAGACCCGGCUUCGGGGCACACCCUGAGGGAUCAGCCCGGAAAAGCUGUGUCAUGGUGCUUCAUCCUUCACAGCCCGGGCCGGCGCUGGUGUGGAGCGCUGCUCACAGCUCUCACAGAACUGCCACCUGUGUCACUCACUGCGGUGGCCCUGGCCAGCAGCCCUUGGGCACCACAUCCCCCGGUGGCCCCAAGAGCUCCUGAGCUGCUCACCAACAGCAGGAAUAACAAAAUGCUCAUCGCAGAAUCCCGGGCUGGGCUGGGCUGGGAGGGACCUCGGAGCCCUUCCCAUCCCACCCCUGCCAGGGACAGGGACAGGGACAGGGACAGGGACACCCCCACUAUCCCAGGCUGCUCCAAGCCCAGUCCAUCCUGGCCGUGGGUGGAACAGCACCACUCUCACUGUGAUCACUCCCGGGCUCCGUGUUUGAGCUCCAGCAGUGGCCGGAAUCUCCCAGCUCCCCACUUCUUCUGCCCACGGCAGGUGUUGGCAGUGAGCAGCCCCAGCUGAGCCCUGGGAAUACUCAGCAGUCCCAAGAUCCCAUUUUUCCAGCAAGGAGGACUCGGAGUUCCCUGGGCUCAGUCUGAGCUGCCCAGGCCAGCGUGCAGCCAGGAGGUGCAGUGCCUCUGCUGUCCCUGCUGGGAAAACAGAGACGCUGACUCCAAAAGAUGGCAAUAAACCAUCCUGGCUCACUCUGCAUGCCAUCAGUGGCAGACUGUAUUAUUUCUCUUAUUAUUUACAGCCGUGUGCCAAGCAGUUGCUGUUUUCAGACAUGUGGCAUUUUUUAAAACCUGGAAUAACAUGAACAAACCCGUUCUGCAAGGAAAGGGCCCGAACUCACCCCAAAUGAGUUUAUCGGCCCUGAUACCCCGAUCUCUCUUGUAUUGCAGCUUUAAAGUGCUCUAUUUUAGAAUCCAUUCACUAGAAACAGUGGUGCUGCAGGAAGUCUUGUGUCAGUGCAGUUUUAUGAAGGAAGAAACGAGGCUAUGGAUAACACAACCCACGUGUGUGAAACUGGGAGAGGGCUCUAUGCUGUGGCUGGAUCAAACCCUGCAUUCCAGUGAUUCCUGCUAUUUGGAACCUGAUCCUUCCAGCAACAGAAUAGAAUGAACAGCAGCUUGAUUAAAUACGGAAAACGGAA